AGAUCACACCGUGUGAUCGUGCUAAAAACAAAUUAAUUCUUCAUCCACGCGUAUUUGAAAGUACUCAAGAACUGUGUCGAGGUCUAUUGAAAGUAUAUAUAUAUUCAUAACAAUAACAAUAUUUUCGUAUUUUUACAACAAGCUACAAGAAGAACAUUAAAAAAAUCUGAAAAAAUCUUAAUUACAAUUGAAUGAAUAAUAAGAAUUUUAAUAAGCAAUAUGAUGACAUCUGCGGCAACAUUACAGACAUUUCUUAAAUUAUUUAUAAUAAUUUCAAUCUCGUCGCGUAUUUUGUGUCAUAAUAACGAAGCAACAACAGAGAAUGCAUCAAUUGAAGUUGAAUCAUUACAUGAAGAUGAUUCCGAAAUUUAUUAUAUCAAGCCAUUGCAUGUUGACUUACUUGAGUCACGGCAUUCCAACAAAAAUAUUUCAGCAAUUCCCGAUAAUGGGGAGGAUAUUAAAGGAUUAAAGAAUAAGAAUAAAAACAAGAGACGUAAAAAUCCAAUUUUAAAUGCAGCACUUCAAGUGGCAGCAACGCAAGGUUUAAAUGCCAUGAUCGAUUUAUAUGAACGAGUGGAACCAGAAAUUUUGCGAAAAGGCGAGCUUCUCGAAAUCGAUCAUCCAUCAGUAAAGCUAAGUCUAUUUAGUGCACCAAUGAACAAUGACUCAAACAUUGAUGAGGCUAAAGCGGCAUAUGCUAGUUUAUAUGUUGCAAAGAAGCUUCAGGAGAGCAUAAACUUGGACUUUACUGGCCUUGGAAGGCAGAACACACCGAAGAAAAAAAUCUCGUUAAGGAAGACUCCAUUAGAGGGACUAUGCCCAACUAGAGAACCACCACAAUGUGUACCAGCAACAAAAAGAUAUCGAACACAUGAUGGUACGUGCAACAACUUCCGUAAACUUCGAUGGGGAUCUUCUCACAUGCCAUUUCAUCGAUUUCUUCAUCCGGAAUAUUCUGAUGGUUUAGAAGCUAUAAGAAAUUCUGUUGACGGUGGAGCUUUGCCAUCAGCACGAUUUGUCAGCUUAGUUGUUCAUGGAUAUAGAGAAGAUGAAUCACAAGUGACUAUGAUGCUAUUACAAUGGGGACAGUUGAUUGAUCACGACUUAACAGCAACAUUGCAACCCCGUUCAAUCAACGGCUCCAUUCCAAGAUGUUGUGAAUCAGUGACUGUACAUCCAUUAUGUUUGCCGAUGAAAGUACCUCGCGAUGAUCCAUUUCUUGCUCAUUUGGGCGUUAAAUGUUUGGAAUUUUUACGAUCAGCACCGGCACAACGUCGGGAUUGCUUCUUGUCAUGGCGCGAACAAACAAAUCAAGUUACAAGCUUUAUUGAUGCUUCACCAGUUUAUUCAAGUAGUCCAAGAACAGCUGAUAAUGCACGAAUUCUACGUAAUGGACUACUUUUGUUUGGUCGAGGACCACCAAGUGAAGAUAUAUGCUUGCAUGGUGGCUUUGGCCAUCAAUGUAUACGAGCUGGUGAUUCGAGAGCUGGCGAACAGCCGGGGUUAUUAGCACUUCACACAGUUUUCGUUGCUGAACACAAUCGUAUAGCACUGGAAUUAUCUGACAUGAAUAAUCAUUGGAGCGAUGAAAAAAUUUAUCAAGAAACCAGACGGAUAAUUGCUGCUAUUUUUCAACAUAUUACGUAUCGCGAAUUUCUGCCUCUAGUACUGGGCCGUGAAGUGUGUCGAUUAUUUGAAUUAGAUUUGAAAACAUCAGGCUUUUAUGACGAUUAUGAUCCAAAAAUUAAUCCAACAAUUGCAAAUGCUUUCUCAGCGGCAGCAUUUCGCUUUGGACAUUCAAUGGUGCAGGGAACAAUUUUAAGAAGUGAUUCAAAUUAUCGAUUUAUCAACAAUAAUGUCUCGCUACAUGAAGAGAACUCGCAUGGUGAUAUUGGAGAAACUGGAUCAUUACAUCGAAUUAUCAGAGGUAUGACUACACAAAGGACAUUGAAACGCGAUGAAUUUAUGACUCCUGAAUUGACUAAUCAUCUAUUCCAAUCUGGAAUAUUCCCAUUUGGUAUGGACUUGGCAGCAAUAAAUAUUCAACGUGGAAGAGAUCAUGGAUUGCCAUCGUAUGUUGAUUGGAGAGAACCUUGUGGUUUAUCAAGCAUUAGGAAUUGGGAUGAUUUGGAAGUAGUGGCUGGGCCUAAUAGUGCUAAUAGAAUGAGACGAGCUUAUUCAAAUAUUGAAGAUAUUGAUUUAUUUGUUGGUGGACUUAGUGAAAGACCAGUUCGAGGAGGUCUUGUAGGACCCACAUUCGCAUGUAUUAUUGCACAACAGUUUAGUAAUUUACGUAAAGGUGAUAGAUUUUGGUAUGAGAAUUCCGGUUUUGAGUCAUCUUUCACACUUGCACAGCUCAACUCAAUUAGACAAGUCACACUGUCACAGAUUUUGUGUAGAAGUUUGGGUAGCAUAAAUCUCUUGCAGCCUCACUCAUUUUUACCAAAUGAAUUUCCUGGAAAUGAACGGAUUAGAUGUGGAAGUGGGAUCUUAGCACCAAUGAAUUUACAGCCUUGGAUCGAAAGAGAUCCAUUCAAUAAAGAGGGUGACUUUGACACUGACAAUUUGAUUGAACCACAAGUUAACAUAUUUUUGACUGACAACCAAAACUCAAUAACACAUUCUACGACGACAUUAAAUCCUUUUAAUAUUUUCGGACAGUUUAAUGACGUGACUUUUAAUUUAGGAAAUUCUCCUAAUUCCCGACCAAGUUUACAAUUUAAUAACGUUAACUUUACUGUUGGAAAACCAUCCACAAAUCGACCAAAUGGACAAAAUGAGGUGACAUUUACUGUUGGAAAACCCUCUCCGCCUAGACAACCAGCUUCAUCUACUCUACGACCAAACAUACAGUUUAAUGACGUGACUUCUACAGUAGGCAAACCAUCCUCACUUAAUCCAAAUGCUCAAAUAAUCUCGAACAAUGUAGAUUUUUCACAAAUUGUAAUAACAUCAAAACCAAGUACUUCAAAGAAGCCUGCAUUGACAAUUAGUAAUAAUGUUGACUUUUCAACUACAACUGUUGCCACAAAAACCACAAAACGUAAAAGAAAAACAACUGUGACUACAAAGAAACCAAACUCUUCAAUAAUUGACAAUAAAGUAGACUUUUCGACUAUAAAAACGACUAAAAGACCAUCCAACAAUCCAUUUAGUAAGACUGACAAGAUAAACUCGACUAUAGUUCGACGAUCGACUGACAAUAAAAAGAAGACACAACCUGACAUGAAAAUUCAACAUAAAAGUGACACAAUUGACUUGACUGAUGACUUACCUGAACUAAACAUUGAACAUACUGAAAUUCGGCAAAAGACAUUUCGUAACGAAGACAAUGCAACAAAGUACUUAGAUAACAAGGCAAUUACAACGACUGUACAAUCUGAUAACGAUAAUAAGACAAAUACGACAGAGACACUUGAGAGUCGAAUUAAUCACAAUUUUUACAGUGAUCAUGGAGCGAUAAAACAAUAUGACUAUAGCUAUGACAAUGACUAUAGACCGAACAAUAACGUAUACAACUCGCAAAGACCUAAUAAUAAUUUUUAUCCACUGUACCCGCCGUUAGACGAACCAAUAGUAACUCUGACUACUAAAAGACCUGUUGCAUACAUGAACAAUAGACCAAACUAUGAUGGACCUUAUAAUAGACCAAGACCUGACGUGAAACCGGAUGUUUCUCCACUAUCAAACAAAUUCUCGACUCCUUUCAGUUAUGACACAUCUAUUAAUGGACCGACAAACGGACCUAGUUUUUCAUCCUCGAUAAAUCCUAGUUACGACAACAUGGCAAUUCCAUCAAAUGUAUCACCCAAUCGCUACAAUAAUAAAAGACCUUCUGCUCAAUACUAUUCAAAUCGACCGACUUACGCGACAACUACAAAAAGAGCUGACUUUUCGACAUUCUUAAUUGUUGAAACGACAAGACGAACAUCACCUGCUCCAUCUCAUUAUUUUAUAAAUCUUGACCGAACGACGAGACGAACAGUUUAUAAAGAUUAUUCUAUUUCAUCUCAAUUACUUCAAUCUUUGCUUCCUAUCACACCUGCUGACAAAUACUAUUCUAAUUCUGACUAUUCUAACAUUGACCGAACUAAUCUUACAUAUUUAAUUUCAACUGCUACUAAUAAUAAAAGAUUUACUAAUAAACCUACGCAUGUUAAACUUCCAUCUUAUAAUAGCUAUAAACCAUCUUAUCAUACUGAAUCUUCUUAUGAACAUGACCAAGACAAUGACGAUUUUGACGGAUACUUAAGACCACAAAAUACUUUUUAUAGACCACUUACCAACAACUAUAAAGUUUCUUAUAAUGACUAUUACAAACCUGAGACAUCGACCGUACAUAGUAUCAAAUAUUACUUUAAGAAAAAUUUCCUUCAUAAAUACCAUACUAUAAAGUCAGGUGAACCUAAAGAAGGAUUAGUUGACAAGGACGAGGACGACAAUGAAAAUGAACCGACUAAAAUUAAUGACAAGCUAUUAGACAGCAGUGACAAUGGCAAAAGUGAAAAGGUUGUUAACAUAGCAAGGUCACGACUUACUAGAACUAAUAGUGACAUUAAGGACAUUAAGACGAGAAAUUUUGUAGACGCAAAGACUAAGACUCAAUUUGGAAAUACCUUUUUUGUACCAUUUAAACUACUGACUCGAAUUGAAAGACCUGACAAUUGGGUGAACAUUGAUGAGACAACAAAAUCUCCACUGCCAGAUAUACCAAUAAUAGUUAAUCAAGAAGGAAAUUACGCACGAGAACUUCCAAAACCUAUAAAUGCAAAGCUUCAAAAGUUUUAAAAAUGAAACAAUCAGAGCUAAAGCAU